UUUCCUCAAACACGGCCCUCUCUAUCUCCAUUAAUUCUGAUUAUGCAUUCCGCCGAAAGACUAGAUUCCGGCCACCUCCCGUCGCCACCGCCGCCGUCACCCGGUCGGAAUCUUCCUUUCAUCGGAAAACUCAAACCCUUUUAUCUUCUAUCAAUCUUGGUACUCCUAUUAGCAAUUUCAUUCAGUAUUAGCAAAACAGAUCAGUUCAAAAAACUCUUUUUUCUCAGAUCAAAUUUGCUGAAUCCAACAGUUCAGAAACAAAUUUCAAGAAACCCCAUUUACACAGCCCCUUAUUGUGUUCUAUGGAUGGCUCCAUUUCUUUCAGGAGGUGGGUACAGUUCAGAAGCUUGGUCAUACAUUUUAGCUUUACAUAAUUACUCAAUGAAUAAAAAUCCAAUCUUUAAUUUAAAAAUUGAGCAACAUGGGGAUCUUGAAAAUCUUGAAUUUUGGGAGGGUUUACCUUUAGAUAUGAGAAAUUUGGCUGCUGAGCUUCACCAAAGAGAAUGUAAGUUGAAUGAGACUGUUGUUGUUUGUCAUAGUGAGCCUGGUGCUUGGUAUCCUCCACUUUUUGAUACACUUCCAUGUCCACCUAUUGGUUAUGGUCAUUUUAAGGCUGUAGUUGGAAGGACCAUGUUUGAGACUGAUAGAGUUAAUGAUGAACAUGUAAAAAGGUGUAAUCUUUUGGAUUUUGUUUGGGUUCCUACUGAUUUUCAUGUGAAAACUUUUACUGAAAGUGGGGUUGAUCCAUUGAAAAUUGUCAAGAUUGUUCAGCCUGUUGAUCUUGAUUUUUUUGAUCCAGUGAAGUAUGAGGCAUUGGAUUUAGGGUCAUUAGGGAAUUCAGUGAUGGGGUCAUUUUCAAAUGGAGAAAAGUUUGUGUUCUUGAGUAUUUUCAAGUGGGAAUAUAGGAAAGGAUGGGAUGUUUUGUUGAGGUCUUACUUGAAGGAGUUUUCGGGAGGUGAUGAUGUGGUUUUGUAUCUGUUAACGAAUCCGUAUCAUUCUGAUAGGGAUUUUGGUAACAAGAUUGUUGAAUAUGUGGAGAAAUCAGAUUUGGAAGAACCGAAAGAUGGUUGGGCUAAAGUAUAUGUAAUUGACGAACACAUAGCUCAGGUCGAUAUGCCUAGGCUAUACAAGGCUGCUAAUGCAUUUGUUUUGCCAUCUAGAGGUGAAGGUUGGGGUAGGCCUAUUGUGGAGGCAAUGGCAAUGACUUUGCCAGUGAUUGCUACAAAUUGGUCAGGACCUACUGAAUUCAUGACAGAAGACAAUAGCUACCCAUUGCUUGUCGAUAGUAUGAGUGAAGUCACAGAAGGUCCAUUUAAGGGGCAUUUAUGGGCUGAACCUUCGGUUAAUAAGCUUCAAAUGCUAAUGAGGCAUGUAAUGAGAAAUCACGAGGAAGCUAAAGCCAGAGGUAAGCAGGCAAGGGAUGAUAUGAUGAGUAGGUUUUCUCCUGAGGUUGUUGCUGGCAUAGUUAGUGAUCAUAUUGAACGUAUUAUUGAUCAUACACAAUGAUAGUUAUGUUCUCUUUAGGAUCGAGAAGAGUAGAUUGUACAUUUUACUGCAGUAGUAACAGUUUUUAGUCACUGUUUCUUCAAGGAUUAUUAACUCUAGUAGACUUUAUCUCAGUUUUCCUAUGCGUAAAUUGAAGAACGAUUUUACUUAAUAGAUGGAGACGACAAAGUUCUGGAAGCUGAUGAAUCUAAAUUUGGAGUGAAAAGAGGUUGUAAUAGGGGACAAUGCAUCGGAAGGUAUCCUGAGAAUCAAUUAACUGGAUAGACUUAUCAACACUCUUAUGUGUUCUUAAAUGGAGUUGCAGUUAGAUAAGUAUAUAAAUUUCUCUGCUAAAACCAGAACUGUGUUGGUAAUCCAGUUAUGUUCAUGUGAUGAAUAUCAACAGCAAAUGUCUAUUUUAAAGCUUAGAGUUAUAUCAAUUGUUAUGAUGUGUAUUGUUGGUUUGGACUUUCGAGUAGUAUUAGAGGAAAGAUAUGUCACCAAUGGACCGCGAGUAUCAACUACGGAAGGAGGUAACAGCAUUAAAGGGCAAACUUAAUCACAUCCAACACUGAUGGACCACAAGUAGCAACUAUUGAAGGAGGUAAGCUAUGAAACCUCAACACUGUCCAGUUUGCUUCAUUCACUAAACCAGCAAUUUUUUGCCCGUUUAGUUUUUUAUACAAGUCGGUACAAUGAGUUUGAACAGAUAAUGAGCUGCCAAUGUCAAAGCCAGUUGAGUUGAUGAUACAAAUUUACUUGUUAUUUUCAAGCCAGUUAAGAAUGUCUUGCUUUGAUAUUGAGAGAUAUACUCUUUCUUUUGUUUCAAAGUUCCUUCUAGCUGUGCUGAUUUUAUCUUAGAUAUCCUUGCAUUCUUGUUGAGGGUCUAUUGGAGGCAACCUCUCUAUCUCCCAAGGUAGUGGUAAGGUUUGCAUACACUCUACCCUCUCUAGACACUACUUGUGAGAUUAUACUGGGUACGUUGUUGUAUAUGCUUGCAUUUCUACGCAUUUUCACUGCAGUUUCCCAAAGAGGAGAUAUAGUUUGUGUCAUCACAAUAAUUGAAUAAAAGUCAAAUGCAUUUUCAACAAAUAAACUCUUUUAUUUAUGAAACAUUAGGAACAGCAUAAUGGAACACCAUACCCUACCCCACCCCACCCCAAGAAAAAGGAAAAAAAAUGCACAAAUAAAAUCCCAUAACUAGUUCCUGAAUCUUGUUGUUUUGUAUCCACAAGCAUCUUGUUUCAUAGCUGCUCUAAUUAGAAGAUUUCACCACUUCAACUUGGCUGGGAAAUACUGCAAUCAAAAUGUUUGACGUUGGUUCAGUAAAGCAGAACGAAAAGAUUGUAUGGAACGAUCAUAUUUGCUGUCAAUAUACACAAUAUUCAGUCAAACCAUAUUCUCAACAGCUAAUUCUGAAAAGGUCGUCAAGAGAAGCAAGUAAAAGGGCAGCUCGGUGUACUAAGCAAAAGAGCCACAAUCCUAAAGAGUGAUGUAGGCAAUCUACAUGUAAACAACUUUACCGUUGCUACAAGACUCCCUUCAAACCAAGAAGCAAGCAGAAGUACAAAUUAUGUAAUUGGAAAAAAAAACUUACCUGAAGAUUUGAAGCCAUUUCAGGUUUUCAUGAUCCUCCUCAUUCAUCAAGUGAGUAUAUGCCCCUGACUUAUGCAGAGCUACAUAACAACAGUUCAAGAUUAGCAAUAAAGUUUAACCAUUAUAUCC